CCUGUGCCCACGUGACAGUCCGUUCCAAGAUGGCCGCUUGAGUGGAGAAUUCACACAUCUCCAAUAAAAAACUAAUCCAACAGCUAGCUAGCUAGCUGGUUAGCGUCCCCCACACACAACUUUAACUACCCGGUUUGCCGGAGAAUGAGACGACGACUCGGGGGGCAUAUGUUCCCAUUUUCAACCGGAAUGUGAGGACAGUACACCGGGGACGACGUAGAAGUUAUGGAAUAGAACCAGUGCUGGAGUUGCAGGGGUUCGAGGGUGUCGACGGCCCGACGCUUUCGUCCAGCAUGGACAGCUUCUUCAAGGCUGCUGUUUGUGAUCUGGACAAACUGCUGGAUGACUUUGAGCUCAAUACUGAGGAACACGAAUGCAAAUCUGUUUUCCUGAAGCCGUCCGUGUACCCGUUCUCCUCUCUGGGCUCCCAGUGUUUGACCUCCGAGGCCUCCAAGGUCCCGCCGACCCUCCCCGACCUUAACGCUCUCCAUUAUGGUUCUGCCCACCGCUUCCCCACUCAGAACUGCAGCGCUGCCGACGACCAAGAGGUCAAAGUUCAGCCUCUCACAGCGGUGGACCUCCUCUCCUCCGUGGAUCGCCGGCCGGCUCAGAGCUCCGCCCCUCCCUGCCCCGACCGGGCCCUGAAGCCGGUGUGUGACCUGGUGAACGACACCAGCUCGGCCGUCCUGGUCCGGCCCGACAGCCACGGAGCUUUCAGCGAGCUGGACAUGGCGGAGAAGCAAAUGGAGGAGGCGGAGGAGGAGGCGGAGGAGGAGCAGCAUGCGCUGCUCGUGGACUUUGAGAGCCCCGUGGUCACCGGAGAGGAGGGGAGUGGCGUCUUCGGAGACGGCGGGCUGCUCGGUUCGGUCGCCGGAGAGCGGGCAGGCGGCUUCUCCGCCUCGCUCAGUCUGCUGGACGUCAUUCUUCCCGCCGUGGCAGAGAGGAGCGGCGACUCCGCUGAGGCCUCGCCGUCACCGAGGAGCGCAGAGUCCGCCGGGAACGAGGAGAGGAGCCGCGAGGAGGCGGCCUGCACAAACCAAGUGGUCGGUCGCGCUUUAGGCCGCUGCCAGCCGGAGGCCCGUCUGCACGACGGCGGCGUUACGGAAGCAGCGACCCCGGCGAAGGCGGAGUCUCAAGGAUCCUCUGACGAAGGCGAGGCGCAGGCCUCUGUUGGGUCGAACCCGGACAGCGCGCCGGGGGGCUUGUCGUGCCUGCCCAUCGCCGUGUCCAUGUGUGGAGCUCUGCUGAAGGUGACGACCGCGGAGGACGAGGCAGCGGGCCGCGCCCCCGAGAGCACCGCCUCCACGCCGCCCCCGGGCGCCAGGUCCCGUUUGGAGGAUCCCGUGGAGGUCUCGGACCGAAGGGCGUCGCCGGAGGGGCGUCUCGCUCUCCAACCUGCUGCUGCCUCGGCCCCCGCGCCCCCCGUGGACCUCGCCUCCCGCGCCCGCUCAGAACCCAGCCCGGUUGAUGCGCCCGAGUUCGGCUUUGAGUACCUCCCCGAGAGCGAGCAGGCCGAGCUGCUGGUCACGGACGAGGAGCUGGAGGCGUUCCUGCAGGCGCACGCGGAAGCGGAGCAGAGAGGCGGUGGAGGUCUGGAAGGCCGGCUCGGGGGCGAGGAGCUCAGGACCUGCGGUAGAGAAGGAGUGGAGGACCUGGCGUCUCCAGAGAGCGAUAGAACGAUGUCUGCGGCGGGAGGCUUAAACCACGGCGCUCCAUCGCAGGACCCUUACACACCUCCUUGCGACGAGGAGCCAGAACUCCCACCGACCAGCAACUCCUUCCAGCACGGCAGCCCCGAUGAGCCGCCCGCCUACGGCGGUGCGAGACCCAAACAGCUCCUCUGCCAAACCGCCAGAUCUCCACCGGCAGGAGAGGAGGGAGGGGAGGAGCCGGCUCAGACGCUCGGCGAGGAGGACGGGGAGGACGGCUCGCCCUGCAGUCUCACGGAGGAACAUCCCAACAUAAGGGACCUGAGCCCCAUGUGCGCCUCUCAGGAGCCACGGGACUACAGCGUCGGGGGCGACGAGCUCUCGGAGCCGCCGCCGUACCCCGGGGACUCGCCCACCGACGGGACAGCGGCCUGGAAGACGGAGGGGGCGGAGGACCUGGGGACCAGGCAGCCGGCCUGGAUGCCCGACGCCGAAGCUCCCAACUGCAUGAACUGCAACCAGAAGUUCACCUUCACCAAGAGGCGGCACCACUGCCGGGCCUGCGGGAAGGUCUACUGUGCUGUGUGCUGCAACAGGAAGUGCAAGCUGAAGUACCUGGAGAAAGAGGCCCGCGUGUGCGUCGUCUGCUUCGACACCAUCCACCGGGGUAAGGAGACAGCACGUCCUCUCUCUGUGUCCCCGUCUCUGUCUUAAGGGAACGUGUGCAAAGAUCGAAGGUGUUUUUAGACGUUUUGCUGAGUCAACAGACGAUUCUAGUCACCUGAUCCGCGAGGAGUUAUUAUAAAUAAAUAUAACAUAACCAUCUGGGAGUGCAAAAUACACCAGUUGUACUGAAAAUAGACAGAAGUGAUUUUGAGAGAGUGUGCAAAGUUGUGAAGUGGAAGAUCUGGUAGAAAUUGUUAUCAAACAUUUUUUGCCGGUUAGAUUUUUGAGUUAUGUUUCAAAUCAAAGAUCCGUCACGUUGUUUUUUGGACGUAUAAAAUGUUUGCAACUUCACUCGUUCCUGCCUCCGUACUCACGAUCCCGGAAGUUCUACCUCUGGAUUGUCUCUUAGCCGUUGCUGCAACAAUUGAAACGUGCAACGUGGAAGGCAGCUCUGCACCGUCGUGUGUGUGUGUGUGUGUGUGUGUGUG